AUGUCCAUGGCAGAUGCUGCAUUGCAGCCUCUGCAGGGCCAGCUUCUGGGAACCGCUUCCUCCCACUCCUCGGGGACCACUUCUCUGGCUCUGUUGGGACUGUUUCAUGGCUGGAUGUUUGGAUCCCAUGACCUUAAGUUUCUCAACAGCUCCAUUGCUUCUCGAUUCAGGAGUGAUUUUUCUUGCUUGGGCACAUUCUAUCUACUGUGCUUUGAUUCCUUCCCGAAGAAACAUCAGUGCCAGAUUGAGGCUUCCUGUUCAUCUUCUUCACCUGGUGUAUAUGAAAAACAGCUGUUGAAGCCUCAGACGAUACAGCAGACUCUCCAGAGGACACUGCAGUAUUAUGAGCACCAAGUUAUUGGUUACAGGGAUGCAGAAAGGAAUUUCCACAAUAUCUCUAACAGAUGCUCCUAUGCAGACCAUUCCAACAAAGAGGGUAUUGAAGACGUCUCAGGAAUCCUUCAAUGCACUGCUAAUAUACUCGGUUUGAAGUUUGAGGAACUUCAAGAAAGAUUUGGUGAGGAGUUCUUUAAUAUAUGCUUUGACGAGAAUGAGAGAGUCCUUCGAGCUGUAGGUGGCACUUUGCAGGACUUUUUUAAUGGCUUUGAUGCUUUGUUGGAACACAUCAGAACUUCCUUUGGGAAACAGGCCACGCUGGAGUCCCCAUCGUUCCUGUGCAAGGAGCUCCCCGAGGGUGCCCUUCUGCUUCACUACUUCCGUCCUCACCACGUUGUGGGCUUUGCAAUGCUGGGCAUGAUCAAGGCUGCAGGAAAGAAGAUCUACCGGCUGGACGUGAGCGUGGAGCAGGUGGCCAAUGAGAAACUGUGCUCCGAUGGUUCGAACCCAGGCAACUGUAGCUGUCUUACCUUCCUCAUCAAAGAAUGUGACAAUACUGAUGCCAUGAAGAACCUUCCCCGGGGAGCCUCCCGAGUCCCUGCGGACCUCAGAAUCAGCAUCAGCACCUUCUGCAGGGCCUUCCCUUUCCACUUGAUGUUCGACGCCCACAUGUCCGUCCUGCAGCUGGGGGAAGGCCUGCGGAAGCAGCUGCGUUGCGACACCCACAAAGUGCUCAGGUUUGAGGACUGCUUCGAGAUCGUUUCUCCAAAGGUCAGUGCCGCCUUUGAGAGGGUCCUGUUGCGACUGUCCACCCCGUUUGUGAUCAGGACCAAGCCUGAGGCUUCUGGCACUGAAAAUAAAGACAAGGUGAUGGAAGUCAAGGGACAGAUGAUCCAUGUUCCAGAGUCAAAUUCCAUCUUAUUCUUGGGCUCUCCAUGUGUGGACAAGUUGGAUGAACUCAUGGGCCGAGGGCUGCAUCUCUCAGACAUCCCUAUCCAUGAUGCCACCCGAGAUGUCAUUCUGGUUGGCGAGCAGGCCAAGGCCCAAGAUGGCUUGAAGAAGAGGAUGGAUAAACUAAAGGCGACCUUGGAAAGAACUCACCAGGCCCUGGAAGAAGAGAAAAAGAAAACAGUGGAUCUUCUGUAUUCGAUUUUCCCUGGUGAUGUAGCUCAGCAGCUGUGGCAAGGACAGCAGGUGCAGGCCAGAAAGUUUGAUGAUGUCACCAUGCUCUUUUCAGACAUUGUUGGCUUCACAGCCAUCUGUGCCCAGUGUACCCCCAUGCAGGUGAUCAGCAUGCUGAAUGAACUGUAUACCAGAUUUGACCACCAGUGUGGAUUUUUGGAUAUUUACAAGGUGGAAACAAUAGGUGAUGCAUACUGUGUUGCUGCAGGACUCCAUAGGAAAAGCCUCUGCCACGCUAAGCCCAUUGCUCUCAUGGCCCUGAAGAUGAUGGAACUUUCAGAAGAGGUGCUGACACCUGAUGGAAGGCCAAUUCAGGUAACCUUCUCUACAAUGUGGUUUGAGUAGUAGCAUGCCUUUAAGUGAAGGGGGCAAGAAAUUC